AUGAGCCACCGACUGUCCCAGAAUGCGAGGCACACGAGGGAUCUGCUGAAGGAGCUGGAGCGCGACAAGGAGUUGGACGUGCUUCGCGAGUACCUCACGCGGUUCGAAUUGUUUCCGCGGCAGCGUGACCCGGCAGCGGCUCCUAUCCGUUUCGAGGAGCUCAAAGAGCUGGCCAAGCACUGGAAGCUGCACCGCCAACGCAAUUUCUGGAAGACCAACACGACCAAAGAGGACCUCGUGAGGACGCUCUAUCGCCACAUCAACACCAAGAUCAUCCCGCAAGAAGCGCGCGAUGAGAACAAUGGCAGUGGAUCCCCCUCUCACAUGAUGAACAGUCCCGCUGGAACCACCAUCGCAUCUCCGUCACCUCCAGCACGACACAACUCGGUGGCGAUCAUUGAAUCGCCUCGAAAUCGGUCCAUCAUAGGCGCGAUGCGGCCUACGCCCCCGCCAAGUCGAGGGCCACGCGUAGACAGCGUCUUCGAAGGCUACGGCGGAGAUCUCUUCGGUCAGCGUGGCAACUACGAGGACGGUAUGAUCUACCUGUCGAGGUUUCGCAAACCCACGCUCAUGAACAACUUGGGAGGGGAGAGUGGCUCACUUAACAGCGUCGGAGGCAGCGACUCGACUUUCAGUCGCCACAGCAGGGGCAAAGACGACGACGAUGACGAAGAAGAACAGGUGCCGAGUGCCGACGCGCUGGACUACGGCGUCGGUCUCACGCGCGAGAUCCGACUCAAGCAGGAGUGCUCCUUCAGCAUCUACCACUUCUCGACGAUCCCUGGCCACGAGCGCCAAAUGGUGGUGGAGGGCUGUAUGCUGGCGCUGAGCAAACUGGCGGUCUUCGAAGACACGGAAGUCAAGCGCUUCUGCGCCGCGUCGAUCCUGAAUCUCUUGUGUGAGCCGCCACUUGGCAGCAAGAUGGCCGAUGAAGGCGUACUACUUGCGCUGCUUGAGCUCGCCAAGGCGCAACACGAAGAAGUGCGCCGUCACACGAGUAUGGCUCUGUGUCGGUUCUCCUACGAGCGUAGCGGUCAGCUUCGACUUGUCCAGGAAGGCUGUGUAUCGGCCAUUCUCUCCAUGCUGAACGUACCGGACCUGGAGACCAAAGAGGCCUGUGUGAAGGCUCUCAUCAACAUCGCCUCGGCGUCCAGCUCGUCCGUGGCUGAGAGUGUCGUGCACGUUCUCAUGAAGCUCGCUACUCGCAAGGACCAGUCCAGUGCGAAGUUCGCAGCUGAGGCCAUCUGUAACCUGUCGUUGCUGAGCGGCUCAAGAGCUAAGGUUGUGGAGGAAGGCAUCCUUGACACAGUGUGCGAGCUGGCACAACAAGCCAGCGUGGCUGCCGCUGCUGGGUCCGGAGACGAAGCGGAAGACGGAGGCGACGUCGGCUCGAUACGCAAGCACCUGGCCAUAGCACUGUGCAAUUUGUCGGGGCUAUCGGGAAAUUUGGAGCCGCUGAGUCACGGUCGAAUCCUCGAGUGCCUGGAAGAGCUACUCAAGUGCGAGAAGCCCCGAGAAGUUCGUGAAAUGUGCGCGGUGACCAUCGCUAACAUCUCGUCGCACCCUCCGUCGCUCAAGAAUCUAGCACUGAGCGAUGCUGUGGCAAACCUCGUGGAGCUCGGUACUCAUCACACUAAUGCUUCUGUGCGGGAGAAUACGGCGCUGUGCCUGUCGAAUAUGUCGGCUACAGCUGACAGUCGAGCGUUGCUCGCUCGGUUCGGCGUGGUGUCGUUGUUGCUGCGCUUCGUGGAGGAAGAAGACGUCAGUGAGUCAGGAGGCAGCGCCUUGGCCCAGCAGUACGCCGUGCUCACCUUGUGUAGCAUGCUGGCACAUCCCGCGUACUGCGCCGAAAUCCUCCAGAGCAAUCUGCCCGCAGCUUUAGCGAGACUAGCGAUGCGUACGCUGCACGACCGCGUACGCGAGCUCUGUGCCAACGCCCUCUUCAACGUAUCCUGCGAGAAGAGCCUCCACGCGGUGCUGCUGCAGGACGACACUAUCCGCGCAAUUGUUCGGCUCUGUAGACGCAAGGAAGAAGCCGACGACGAUAAUGCCCCCGGAACCUCAGGCCCAACGCCCUCGACACCUGCACAAGCAUCAGGACCACCGACUGUGCUGCUUCGCUACCAGGAAUGUGCACUCGGCUGUCUGCUCAAUCUGUCGUUCGCAGCGGAGAGCAGACCCGCACUGCUACGUGCUGAUGUGGUCGCCACACUGUCCAAAGUCUUCAACAAACCCCCAGUGCGUGCUGACGAGCUGCUGCGUCAGUGUGCCGGAGUGCUGGCCAACUUGUCGUUCGACGCGGAGGCGCGCGCGCGUAUGGUGGCUGACAACGGAGUCCGACUAAUUCGUCGCCUCAUGAGUGCCGCGACGUCUUCCGCUGCCGCCGCAGCAGCUGCAGAUGCUCCGGUAAGCGCGUCUGCCGCCGGGAUCAUCCGCGAGACACUGCGAAGCUGCGCUACGGCGUGCUGCAACCUCGCAGCAGACGCGCUGGAGAAAACGCCAGUACUGGACAUGCUCAUCGACUUGUCUGCUUCAUCGUAUGCCCCCACGAUCCUUGCGUGUGCUAUCGCGUUCGCCAAGCUCGCGUCUAGCGCCUCCCACCGCGUCUUGCUCACGCGCUGUGCCGAGCUUUAUCCAGCACUCACGCUCAUGAUGCGCUGCGGUGUGGAGGAUAUUCAGAUCUACUCGGCUGUCGCGCUCUGCAACCUGGCCGUCGAGCCUCCAGCUGCAAAGCCCGUGGGUGUCCGUCACGUCUGGAAGGAAGGCACAGUGCCAGACUUCAUCGUGAACGCACUGCUACGCAUCAACAGCGACUCAACCAAGGAAAUCUGCGCCCGCGCGUUGUUCAACUUGCUAACGCACGACGAACUCCGAGCUAUCCACAUCAAGGACGGCGUGCUGUACGCCCUUGUCAAGCUCGCGCGACUCGAGAGCGUCGAGAUCCGCACACUCUGUGUCACAGCGCUUUACAACCUCAGCUGUGAUCCAGCACUCGCCGAGACGCUCAUGGAGCUCAAGGUUGCUCAAGUCAUCACCAAGCUGUGCGAGAUGGAGUUCAGCAGCCAGGAGAUCCACCGCAAGCUCGCUGCUUGUCUGACUAAUUUGGCGUCCGAGCCCAAGCCUCCCUCAGGGAAGAAGGUGGUGGCUACGAGCGACUCAGCGGCGGGAGGGUCUUCCAGCAUGGCAGUCCGACUGGUAGAGAGCGGUGCACUCGUUGCUCUGCUAGUACUGUGCGAGCAUGCCGAUCCAUCCACACGUCACGCAUGUGCCGCAGCUCUGUGCUUCCUGUCGGCGUAUCGAGUCAAUUGCGAGGCCAUGGCCACCCUUGGACUCGUUGACGUGCUCACGAAGAAGCUGCUGCUCGCUCCACUUGACGCGGAGACUUCAGAGUCUGAGAGUGACAGCCCCGACAUGGAGCUCGAGCAGCGACAACAGCACGAGUUCGCACUCAACGCGCUCAGCAACACUUCCUGUUUCCCUGCGCUACACGAUCGGAUCGAGGAAGCCGGCGCUGUACCGCAGAUCAUGCGCGUGCUUGCUGCCAACGCCACCCGUGAACGGAGUGAAGACAGCGAAGAUCAAGAGGACGAGACCAUAGUGCUCGCGUGCGCACAGACGCUCGGGAACUUGACGUUCCACGCGCGACAUCGACGAGCUCUGCUGACUCAUGGACUGCUCCCGACGUUGCUCACGCGCCCACAAGCUCUGCGCUGCUCGCAACGAGUUGGUGAUGUCUGUGCGGAGAUCAUUGCCACUUUGUGCGAAGACGCCUUGCACUGGAGCGAAUUGGUCGCCACAGGAGCUGUCCAAGUGCUGCGCGAGAUCACGGAUGUCCACGAGAAUGACGAAAGUCCGUCACCACCGUCCCAGGCAGCACUUCGCGCCUCCGUCUACGCCCUGAGUCAGCUUGCUCGCUGCGAAAAGUCUGGAGAAGCUGUCAUUGCUGGCGGUGCGCUAGACAUUGUGGCGCGCGCGCUUGAUCUCGGCAACGAAACUCCAGUCCCAGCUCGACAGGAAACGGCGGAGCGGUGCGCGGUCGUUCUACGCGCGUUGUCGACGCAGGGUGAACCAGUUUGCUUGAUGCUCAUGCGUGACGUGCGUCUUGUACCGAUGAUGCAGUCGAUAGUCAGCACUUGUUGUCCUGGCCGGCGCCAAGUUCAGGCGUGCAAGCACGUCAUCCUGGCGUUCUACAACAUCACUUCAUGCCGCAUUAGCAUCGACGAGGACGACACAGCCAGCGUUGAAGGCGGUGAUAGUCCAAUCGAUAAGCUCAACGAGAGUGAAGCCAUGAGAGGCUUGGACGCGAUGGUGAUCAGCGGCGUGGUGUCGCUGCUUAUCAGACUCUCCACGGAUGGCGGCAGUGACAUGGCGCCGGCUUGUGCUGUAGCAUUGGCUCACAUCAAACACCGAAUCAAGGAGAGACUCGCGCUGGCUCAAGCUCAGGAAGCCGAGGGCUCGGAGCAGGCUUCAAACCUCCGGGAGUUCGAAGAGAUGGACAACUUGAUGGAGGCAGGGGUCGUAACAGCGUUGCUGGCCAUGUUCGAGCUGGAUCCGGCCGGCAUUCAACGCGUCGACCGCUUAGCCGCAGCAAUGCCCCCAGCUCUGCCCGUACUACACGCCGCCACGGAGAAAGACUGGUCGUUCUUGAAGGGCAAUUCGACGCUGCAUUUUGAGACGCCGUUGCCCGUGUGCUGGGACUUCCGUAGCUCCGCCAUCGACGACGCGCGCUUCAUCCCUGCUGAGCCCCGAACGUUCCUCGCAGUGCUCGCUCCAGUCGUGCCUUCAUCGGGCGCAACAAUCCAAGACAAAAUCUACGGCCGCUUCCAGACCCUUCGAGUGCGUCCCACCAAGUGCUUGCUGCGGCUCGAAAACUCGCGGUUCGCGAGACUCGCGUCCGCAUUAAUGGGCUCGACUCAAUCUGGGUCGGCUGGGAGCAGUGCCAGCGACUUAUCCGACGCUAUAGCGUUGGCUAUCGGCGACGAUAAUGGGGGCAACGACGACAGCGACCUCGAGCGUGAGCGUAAACACUCUCGGCACGGCAACAGCGCGCGCAAGUCCAACGUCGGGUCCAGUUCAAAGUCCAUAGCGGGGUCAACCAGCACCGACGAAGACGACGCAAGCAGCGAGACGAGGAUGCCGUCCCCCGUGAAGAAGAAGCCAACGGGACGAUCACUGAUGAUGAGUCGCUCUCCCAGUCACCGAGGCAGUGCAGCCUUCGGUCUCGGAAGCAACAGCAGCAGUACGAGCAACAACACUGAUAGUAACACGUCGCUCCUGCGUCGCGCCACCAAAGCUCCGUCCUCGAACGCCGUGGUGCGUCGCCCCAGUCGGUCCAUGACCCACGAGAACACGCACAACCACAGCACGUCGUCCAUGGUCAGCAGCAGCACGCGCCACCUGAGCAACGCCCGCAAGGACUCGCUACAUCGACUCGCCGGCGACAGCUCCGGCGUCAUUUUACCUAAAAUUUAA